AUGGUUUCUUGUGGCAGAAGACCACAGAGUACACAUCGCCAAUUGGAGUCAUCAAAGAUUCAAGAAGCAGAGCAAGUCGAAGAAAUUGAGCAGAGAAUCGAUCCAGAGGCGAUGAAAUCAGAGGAACCUGAAGAGAAACCAAACGCUACUCGUGUUCUAGCUCUUGAUAUGAUACUCAAGUCUCUGUGGAAAAUUAGCGUUUUCUUAAGCGAUUUUCUGCUGGAGUUUUGUCAAGCAACACAUCACAGCUUCACAGAGGAUGGUGAAUAUGUUGUUACGCCUUCACAACAACUUCGUGAUUUCCUUCUCAGCAAUCUAAGUGUUACUCAUUCUCUGGAAGCAAACGGUGUUUUCGAUUUCUUGGUAACAAUCUUGGAGCUUCUACCUCUCUGGAGAAGUGAAAAUGGCGAAGAAAAAUCUCUGAAUUCCAAGUUUGAAGUAUACGAAGUUGCGAAAAAGAUUUGCAACAGGUGCAAAAUGUUAACGGAAAUCCCGGUUGGACGUUCUUACGGUAUAAUCGUGUCUGCAUUUGAGGAUCUCACAUUUGAGAAAAUCCUUAAGUUUAUCAGAAUCACCUUGAUGAUGCCUUGUGACAAGGAAAUGUGUGGGAAACGAAACUAUGUUGAGCGUAUGAUCAAUGAACUUCCAUCUGUUUUCACACUUGCACUUGAGUGGGAGAACGAUGAGAGUGGAGAAGAGAUCUUUGCUACAAUUUCUGCUCUGGCCACUGAGAUAGAUGUUAGUGCGAUAUACAAAUACAAUGGUGUCAGUAAAUUCACUAAAUACCAUCUUGUGUCAAUGGUUUGCUUGCAUGGAGGUCAAUACAGUUGCGUAGCUUUUGAAAACAGAAACUGGGUCAUAUAUUUUGGUACUGAGAAUGAGGUUAUUGGAGACUGGGAUAAUGUUCUUACCAGUUUCGCCAAACUGAAUAUUCGACCUACGCUUCUAUUUUUUGAAAACGUUAUGGGGAGGGGCCAGAUUAUAGAGAGAGACUAGAUUUUGUUCAGGAGCUUGGGGGAGAUAUCUAAAGACCAAUAGAAUCUUUUUGAAUGGUGUAGUAGGGAAGGGAUUGAUGUAUAUGCAAUACUUUAGAAUUGAUUCUUGGGUUUUAAGUCAAAACUUCACAAAGAGUCAGUAGAAAAAUGCUUUGGAAGUUAAAACAUUGUGAACAAAUUUGUCCAUUUUCUUCAGAUCAAAUUCAGCAUCUUGAUUAAUAUGAUCAUUGAAUAAAG